AUGCGGCUAGGCGCCACCCGACAGUGAACAGACAGCGCACGGCAACGACGCACCAUCAGUCACGCACCCUCCACCCAAGUCGCCGACUCCCGCCGUCGCGAUCGCGGCGGCCGCCGGCAAUGUCUUGGCUCGCGCGCUCCAUCGCCAACUCCCUCCUAUCCCCCGACAUCCCCGAGGCCGACGGCGAAGACCCCCGCGCCUCCGACUCCACCUCCCCGGGCUCACCCCCUCGCGGCGUCCGCGAGGACCUCUCGGAGCUCACUGACGCCCUCGCCCACCGGUUCCAGGGCCUUGCCUCCUUCCUCGCGGCGCCCACUCCCGCAGGAAGCGGCGGCGCACCCCGCGGGCUGAACCCGUCCGAUAUUGCGGGGCGCUUCCGCCUGGGGCUCGCGCGGCUCCCGGGCCGCCAGGCCGUGGCAGAUCUCGCCAAGAACGCGUCCUCUCUACUGCACCCGGACGAAUACUGGGGCGGGUCGGAGGCCGCCGGGGCUACCGAGGACGUGGUCGCCUUCGCGCGGGACGCCGCCAUGCGGCCCGAGCUCUGGCUGGACUUCCCCCUUCUCCCCGACGACGCGGACUCGGACGAUUUUGACAUUAGUGAUGCGCAGCAAGAUCACGCGCUGGCCGUCGAGAGCAUGGCGCCGGAGCUGGCAGAUCUGAGGAUCGAACUCUGCCCAAGCCACAUGAGCGAGGGCUGCUUCUGGAAGAUAUACUUUGUGCUACUGCACCCUAAGCUCACAAAGGAAGAAGCCGAGCUUCUUUCUACUCCUCAGAUUUUGGAAGCUAGAGGGAAGUUGUCACAAAAUUCGCAACAUCGGACAAAGCUAGAGAGCAACGAAGACACAGUGGCUCUGACUUUCAGUAAUGGAGAUGGUACUGUACCUAUACCUGUAGAGGUGGUCAGCGUAGUAAAAGAUCAAGAUGCUUCCGGCAGGCCCACAGCUUUGGGCAAUGUAGAUUAUGGUAUACUUGAAUCGAUUCCUCUGGAAGAGCUAGCAAAAGAUACAGUCAGUGAUGCUGGAGCUGUUCCUUCAGAUAAAAUCAGCAGUGGCGUGCCUGUACAGCUAUUGCCGGUAUUAAGAGAUGCCACUGAGUUCUCAGUCUCACAAUCAAGGAUGGGAGAAACCAUUCACACUCCCUCUAAAGAACAUCCCACUGGGUUCUCACAAUCUAGCAUUGAAGAAAGAACACCCGACUCAAUUACAGAUGAUGUUGUAGCAAAUGAGCAGUGUGUACCAUUUGUAGACAGUGCUCCAUCGGAAGAAGAUCAACAUAAAUGGUCAUUGAGUGACCUCAGCGAGCAAUCAAGAGUUGUCACUCAAAAGUCCCAUAACGAUGGCACUGAUGAUGAUGGGGAUGAAUGGCUGGAAGAGGACACGGCUGGUCCAGGAAGCACGCACAUUCCAAUAGUAGGCGACGAUGAGGAUAUAUCUUUCAGUGAUCUGGAGGAAGAUGACUGAUGUAGCAUGAUAUCAAUGGCGAGCUUGGUCAUCACCGUCUUGGUGCUUCUGGUUCGAAGCGAUAUGUAUAUGUGGGCUUGGGUUCUGUCCACUGUAUGGUCUCAUGGAUCUGCUAUGAUCAAUGCCCACUGCAGCAGGAUUGUUCACCUUCUGCUCAUAUCUCUGUGCCGCCAAGAUCAGUUUCGCGGUCUAGUUCUCCCUUGUGGCAACUAUGCCUGUUGUACAGUGUGUAGAGAGCACAUACUUGUGCAUGUGGUUGUUUGGAUCAACACUUUGAUUCUUGGAUCAAGCGUGUGUCCUGACAAUGAUGAUGGGAACUCAAGUAUUCUUAUGUUUCGGUGAAAAAAAAAAGGAAAAACAGUUAAUGUCA